AACUGUGAAAAAGGGUUCACAAAGGACCAAGCAGGAAGAAAAAAAAAAGAAACAAGUGGCAUGGAGGCGACCACUCAUGAGCAAGCCUGUGGAUGAUGUGUACUUAACGUGGCAUUACCAGCGGCCAUCCUAUGAUUUGGAGGUGGCUGUGGGUAUGCUAAAGAAAUUUCAGGAGCUGGACUUCACUUACCCGAAGCAGUACGUCUACAUUAAUGUAUUCCUAGAUAUGGCACUAGAGAAGAAGAAAAAAGUGGAGCCGUUUGCAAGCACAGUUCUUCUUCCGUAUCGAUUUUCAGAUGAAACAAAGAAGGUCUUGGUUUUCACAGAGAAUGAGCAAGAAGCUGAAAUAGCUCGAGAGAAUGGAGCUGCUGUUGUGGGAGGAGUUGAAUUAGUCAAAUGGAUUUUGGAAGAUGAAAUCCAAGUGGACUUCUAUGUAGCUGUUCCUGCAAUAAUGCCUAAGCUAAUACCAUUAAGAAACAAGCUAAGACGAAAAUACCCAAACACAAAAAGAAAUUCCAUGGGCCAUGAUAUUCCCAAAAUGCUGCAGCUCUUCAGAGAAGGCCUUGAGUACGAAGUAGAAGACGAGAAUCUGAUCAAGACAAGAAUAGCAAGACUGGAUAUGCCUACUGAGCAGAUAGUUGCCAAUCUGAAAACAGUUAUCAAUGAUAUCUGCAGAUUCAAGCCAUCCACUUAUGAUCCUAUUGUGCAGAAGUUGGUUAUCAGAUCUUCAACCAGUGAAGGUUUGCUAUUGAACCUUGAUGGAGUUCUACCUCAAGUGGAGAAAGCAGAAGAAAAAAGUGCAGAAGAUGAAGAAAAAAGUGCAGAA